AUGGAGUCCGAAAAAUUCGAGUCUGUCAAGCCUACCCCCUUCCAGACGGACGAGGAGGUGGGCGAGGGCCGUAUGGACAAAGUGGAGCUUGACGCUUCUAGCCAGGAAGAGCAGGAUGAGAAUGUCGAGUACGAUUAUGAAUCGCAUCGAUCGCCCUUCCCGGAGGUCCGGGCUGUUGUCCCUGAAACCGACGAUCCAACUAUGCCUGUCAACACGGUGCGCAUGUGGGUACUGGGGAUUGUUUUCACCAUGUUCGGAUCGGGCAUCAACCAGUUCUUCUCCCUGCGCUAUCCAUCCGUACACAUCGUCGCUCUCGUGGCGGAAUUGCUGGCCUAUCCUCUCGGCGUCUUCCUCGCAAAGACUCUCCCGGUCACCCCAAUCAAUCUAGGUCCUCUAGGCUCCUUUACUAUCAACCCAGACCGCAAGUUCAACAUCAAGGAGCAUGCAACGAUCGUAAUCAUGAGCAACGUAUCUUUCGGAUAUGCUAGCGCCGACUCGACAAACAUCAUCCAAGCCUCCAGCAAAGCAUUUUACAACUUCGGGCUCUCGGCUGGCUUCUAUGUGCUUAUCGUUAUUUGCGCGCAGCUUCUCGGAUUCGGCGUUGCUGGACUUACCUCUCCGUGGCUCGUCGAACCAGCUCGCAUCAUCUGGCCUGGUGUCCUGUCCAAUUGCGCCAUGCUUGAAACGCUACACUCGCGCGCAAACCACGUCGCAGACGGAUGGCGCAUCUCCCGCCUGCGCUUCUUCCUGUAUGUCAUGGCCGGCGCGUUCGUCUGGUACUGGUUUCCUGGCCUGAUGUUCACCGCGUUGUCCUACUUCACCUUUGUGUGCUGGAUCGCGCCCAAGAAUGUCAUUGUCAACCAGCUGUUUGGCAUGCAGACCGGGUUAGGGCUUAGUCCCAUCACCUUCGACUGGAGCCAGGUCGCAUACAACACCAAUCCACUACUUUCCCCUUCAUGGGCCGCAAUGAACGUGUUCGCGGGCUUUGCGGUCUUCUAUUGGAUCGUCGUGCCCGUGCUCUACUACAAGAACGUCUGGUUCACGGCGUACCUACCACUCAUGACCGCCGACGUCUACGACAACACCGGCGCCGUGUAUGAUACAUCCCGAGUCGUCUCCCCAGACAAGACCCUCGAUAUAGCCGCGUAUCAGAAGUACUCUCCUCCCUACCUCGGAAUGACCUUCGCAUUCGUGUACGGACUCUCUUUCGCAUCAAUCACCGCCGUGCUCACGCACAUCGGUUUCUGGCAUGCGCGCGAUCUCUGGGCAGCGCUCAAGGGCCGCAACAGACUCGAUAUCCAUGCGCGUCUGAUGCGCGCCUCGUACAAAUCCACGCCGUGGUACUGGUACGCCGCGAUUAUCCUGGUGAUCCUGGGGGUCUCCAUUGCAGUCGUUGAAGUUUACGGCACCAACCUUCCCGUGUACGGAGUGUUCCUGGCGCUGAUUAUCCCGGCCGUGUAUAUGAUUCCCUGUGGGAUCGUGCAGGGAAUCACCAACGUCGAUGCAAACCAGUUGAAUGUGCUCGCCGAGUUUAUAGGCGGGUACCUCUUUGAAGGACGCCCGCUGGCAAACAUGAUCUUCAAGGUCCUUUCGACUGAUGUAGUCGGACAGGGUGUGUACUUUGCCAUGGACAUGAAACUCGCACAUUACCUCAAAGUACCCCCGCGCACAUGCUUCGCUGCGCAGGGGGUUGCCACUCUCCUGGGUGCGCUGACCCAGGCAGGCGUCACGAUCUGGAUGCUGGGUAACAUCGAAGAUAUCUGCGAACAGCACCAGUCCGACGGAUUCUCCUGCCCCAACGGUCGCACGGUUUACUCCUCGUCCGUGAUCUGGGGGCUCGUCGGCCCGCGCCGUCUCUACUCAGCCGGCCAGAUCUACUCGGGACUGCUGCACUUCUUCUGGAUCGGCGCCAUCGCACCACUGGUGACCUAUGGACUAUAUCGUGUGACCCGCCGUGAAUUCUGGAAAUUCAUCAACUGGCCGCUCAUCUUCGUGGGGACGUACAACGUCCCGCCGGCAACGGGAAUCAACUACUCCAGCUGGGCGCUGGUGAACUUCAUCUUCAACUACUUCAUUCGCCGCCGCUUCUUUGCCUGGUGGACUAAGUAUAACUAUAUUCUGGCGGCGGCUUUGGAUACGGGCCUUGCGCUUAGUGGAAUUGUCAUCUUCUUUUGCAUUUCUUACACGGGCGCUGUGUUCCCGUCUUGGUGGGGGAAUACUGUCUAUCUUAAUACGGCGGACGCGGAGGGCGUUUCUUGGUUGCCUUUGCCCAAGAGGGGAUAUUUUGGUCCUGCUAAUGGGACUUGGACUUGA